AUGGCUCCUCUUCGUGUUAAGAAACCAAACAAGUCGUAUGGUCUUGAUGAUGAUUUGAAGACAAAGAGGAUCUUUUUCAAACGGAUAUUUCCGGCUUUUAAGAAGAAAGCUACAGAGCUCUCUGUUCUUUGCGGCAACUCUGUCGGUUUCAUCUGUUACGGUCCCGACAACGAUCUUCAUGUUUGGCCUGAGCCUAAAGAUAACCCACAAGCCUUACCAGAGAUAGUUGGAAAGUUCAAUGCUUUGAGCGAUCACAGGAGGAUGAGUCACGCUUCCGAUCUCUUCGACUUUCCGAAUCUCAAGGGUUUGUCGGGUGAAGAGUUGAGGAGCCAUCUCGAUGAGCUUAACUCUCGUUUAGCUGGAAUCAAGCAGCAAAAGAUAGGUUUAUUAAGAAGAGGAAACUUCAAGCCCAAGAUUAAGGAGACGGGAAAAGAUGACCAUAUUAGGGUUUCAGACAAGGGGAAUCGAUUAGGGUUUGACGAGUUGGGUUACGUCUUCCGUGGCUCUCACGAAACUGUUUCCAAUUUGGGAUCUUGUGCUGCUUCCAAGGUUUCUAGUGAUGUUGCUGUUUCGGAUCCUUCUCUCACGUUAGGGUUUUCUGGUGGCGACUAUCUUCCGGUAGAUUCAGUGCCGACCACAGAUAACUAUGGGGUUUGUGCCAACGAAGGUGCUUCGGAUCUUCGUCGGAUGGAGUUUGCUUCAACACUAUUUCCUGGCUAUGAUCGAUCAGUUCUGGGAGCCAUUGAUGAUUCUUUUAUGGCGAGCACUUACCAAACAUCCGUCACAGAUAAUAAUAUUAGGACCGUCUUCUAG